UAACGAACGUAACUGAGCGUGAAUAUCCUGAAAGUACUUCGUGAGGAUUUAUAGUUGAUUUCUACGCUUAUCAGGGACAAACCAGGUGUCACAUCUGUUUUGGACAAGAACGGAAUAAGAGCACCACCUCUCAGCAUUAAUCAGCAAUGGAUUCAAAUUCUGUCUAGUCCUAGGAUCAUGCAAGUAAAAUGGCCACAUCUGAAUCUAAAACACCAUCGCAAAAUGAACGACAUUGGAAAGUCGGGAAGCGAUCUUUAGAAAGUGCAAAGAAAUGUAUAGAGGAGAAAAACUUUGGUCGGGCGUUUGCACAUUUUCUUCUUGCACAACAACUUUUACCAAAAUUGAAAACUGAUGCUGAGAUAAAGAAUGAUUUUGUGUAUGUUUUGAGUCAAUGGACAGCUGAACUGAAAGAGAAAGGUCGCAUUGAGGAUGUGCUGCAAUGUUACGAGCAGGCAUGUGAAAUCUGCCCUGAGAAUGAAGUUGUCCAUAACAAUAUGGGAUCACAACUUUUUCAACUCGGAUACAUUGAUGAGGCUGCAAGUUGCUUUAGACGUGCUGUUCGUCUUUACCCAGAAUACCUCAGUGCACGCACAAACCUUGAAAACCUAUGCAGCCACUUAGUUGAGAGAUGGCACUUUAAAAUGCUAAAUGAUCGAAAAAGGAAUGAAUAUUAUCAACGUGCGAUAAGUAGAGCAAUUCAACAGGGCCAUAGUGAUAUCCUUGAUAUAGGCUCAGGGACAUGUAUUUUAAGCAUGAUUGCCGCAGAGGAACAUGCAGCUUCUGUUACAGCAUGUGAGAUGUCUAAGCCCAUAUAUGAGAUGUCAUGUGACAUUUUGGAAGCCAAUCAUAUGUCUUCUAGGAUUAACCUCCUAAAUAAGAAGUCUACAGAGUUAGAGAUUGGAAUUGAUAUUCCGAAAAAAGUUUCUUUGGUUGUGACUGAGACAUUCGAUGCAGGACUUCUCGGGGAGCAUAUCUUAUCUACACUCCACCAUGCUUGGGAUAAGCUCCUGCUACCAUGGAAACCAGGACAAAAUGGUGGCAAAGUGAUCCCCUCUGGUGCUAAAGUAUUUGCCUGUGCCAUUGAGUGUAAGGCUAUAAGAUAUCAAAACAGAUUGCUCUACCCAGUACUCAGGGACCUUGACUUAACAGGGGUCCAUGUUCUAUGCGAGACUAACAGUCAACAGGCAGAUCAGGAGAGUUGUGAACCAUACACUACAGAGAAUCUUGCGCUGGUCCCUGGUGGAUACACGAAACUAACAGAUGUCAAAGAGUUCUGCACAUUUGACUUUAAUAGCCCUCAGGACAUAUCUAAUCACAUGAUGCAGGGAAUGAAGACAAUGAUCAUCCCAGCUACACAUGGUGGACGUUUGGAUGCAAUUGCAAUGUGGUUUGACCUUGACCUUGGGAAUGGAGUCACCUUGACAACUGCUCCUACUGGAGAACAGUGCUGUUGGGAGCAGGCAAUUUAUCCUGUACUGCCAUGUCACUUUUCUAAGAAAGGCCCAAUUGAACAUUUCAUUUUGAAAGAACACGAUUCAAUAGCUGUAGAAUAUGGUUGCCAUAGUGAUUGCCUCCAGUUCCAAUGUACAGAGAUCAUCCGCCCUGCUAUGACAUCACACAAGACCUCACCAGACGUCACAUCAUUAAACCUCGGGCCAACUUCCGAAAACUUCAGAACAUUUUACCUCGAUAGACCCGAGAUUGGACGUUUAAACGAUAUAUCCUUAAACACCGCAUACUGCACUGCUGUGCAAAAAAUCUUAAAAACCAAUCAUUCAAACAAUACAUAUAAACUAAUCGAUAUAAGUCAGGGAUUUUCCACUAUACCGUUACAAGCAUUGAACAUGGGGUAUCAAUCUGUGUGUGUUCUGAACAGUGAAGCCAUGAAGUAUGCACCUCUUAUAAAGCAUCUGACUCAGUUACAUGAGAUAGGGUAUAACAGGGUGAAAAUAUCAGAGGAAGAUAUUGCCCAUUGUAAACCAGAGUAUGAUGUUAUCGUCGCAGAUGUCAUAGAACCAUGCGGAACCCUGAGACAGCAGAUACUAGAGGAUUUAGCAUUAGCAAGGGUGACGUGCCUAAAGGAAGGUGGGAAAGUCCUCCCCUACAAUAUAGAUGUCUAUGCUAUGUGUAUUGAGUCUGCCUGUCUACUGGAGGAUAGUUGUGUCGUUGACAAUAUUAGAACACUCAGCUUUGACAUUGCAUCCUUUAUGAAUGACUUCAAGAUGAGUACACAUCUUGACAUCAACCUGUCAACUCUUCCAUACAAAAGACUAACAGACGCUGUCAGGAUACUAUCCUUCAACUUCAACGAACCGUUGCCUAGCAACAAAGACCUCCCAGGGUUCCUGACGCAAGUGACAAAAUCUUCAACAGUUUGCAUGGAACCAGGGACAAUUCAUGCAAUUCUGUUUUGGUUUGAGAUUAAUUUGACGGAGAAUUUAAAGCUCUGUACAUUAGACACUGAUCUCCAUUGGAAACAAGCCGCAAUAAUCUGUCCGGAAAGUGUCGAAGUUGAAACUGGUGCUGAGAUUAAGCUGAAGACGACAUGUAAGAACAGUUGCAUUGAUAUAAAACUUAUAUGAGUGGGUCACCAUAAGAAGGGCAGCUCCUACAUGUAUGAACGGUUGCUUAAUGUAGCUGUUUGUACAGUAAAAUCUGUGUAAUCUGAAUGCCAUUGGAACCAGUCAGAUGUUCAGAUUUUCACACGUCAAG